CAGCCUCCACUUAGGCUUUGAUCUUUUCUUUUUGGGGAAAAAGGCUCAAAUCUAAAAUUAAGGUUAAAGUUUGUCUGACAAUACACUCAUGAAGUGUGUGUAGAAGCUUCACCAAGUUUCAGGUAGACUGUGAUUAAACACUCACAAAUGCCCCAGUUUGUCAUCAGUGGAACAGACUGUGAACAAGAUCAAAUCUGGAUCUGAGGUGAAGGUUGUUGGGACGUCCAGUGGCGUUUGUGAGUCACUGGAAGGUGUAUUUGUGUUUGAGAUUGUGGCGCCAGUUCAGUGUUCUGGCGGCGGACAUCAUGUCGGCAUCUUUUCUCCAGCUCUGCCUCCUUGCCUGCAUCCCUCAAGCGUUCGCUGACGGCAAAGUGUUUCCUGGGACGCCUGGGGCUGAAGCCGUGUUCCUGCGGUCCAAACGGGCCAACAGGUUCCUGGUGGAGGAGAUUCUGCAGGGGAACCUGGAGCGAGAGUGCUACGAGGAGCUCUGCAGCUACGAGGAGGCGCGCGAGGUGUUUGAGGACACUGAAAAGACGAUCUCCUUCUGGACAGUUUACUAUGAUGGAAACCAGUGUGAUUCCAGCCCCUGCCUCAAUGGAGGGAACUGCACCGACAAAGUGGGUGGGUUUUCUUGCGCCUGCGCACCCCCCUACCACGGACUAGUCUGUGAACACGGAGGCCUGAGUACGGAGAAUAAGUUCAAAUCCAGAGGACAAGAGUUACCCGUUCACCGGUUUACAGCUCCAGAAAUUUCCGAGUGUCCCACUGGCGGCCCGACAGCCUGUCACCAGCUGUGCGAAGUUUCUGGACGCUCGUUCACCUGUUCCUGCACCACAGGGUUCAAGCUGCAGAGUGAUGGACGAAGCUGUGUGCCCGACGUGAAGUUUCCGUGUGGAAGGCUCCCCGACGCCACCCGACUAGUGUGUCCUCAUGGACAUUGUCCCUGGCAGGUGACCCUGAUGAGCAGUACAGGGGCGGAGCUAUGUGGAGGUGCAGUGGUGGGACAACACUCCAUCCUGAUUGCAGCUCACUGUUUGUUCCUCCAAUCCGAUGCUGAGAUGAGAAUAUCGGAUUUCUACGUGGUUGCGGGAAACAGGAAGAUCCCAAUUCAGGACUUUGACUUACACGAUCGUUUCCAUGCCAGUCACCAGGACAACGACCUUGCUCUCCUUAAGCUGUCCCGCCCCUUGCUUUUUGGCCCAACCCUCAUCCACCUGUGCCUGCCCACCAGGGACUUUAGCGAAAACAUCCUAAUGCAUCCUGGGAGACAGGGCAACUUUCAAACACGGCGGGGAAAGCAAGAAGAGCAACUGGCGUACAUGACGCUGGACGGUUGCCGCAAGAGGCUGAACACGACACAUCCACUGACCAACAAAAUGUUCUGCAUGGAGGAGCCGAGCAGAGCGAGGGGCCAACGAGAGGACAUCCGGGAUUCUAGACCUCCGACGGCGGAGAACGCCACCCGGGAGGGGCUUCAGACUGUGGGCCAGAAUCAGACCCAGAUAGGAGCCGGAGAAAACAUCACCAGCAGGUCCGAGGGCGGAGCCAGACUCUGCGGGAGCCUGCUCCAAGGAUCGCCAGUAGCUACGGUGGAGAAAGGGACAGCAUUCCUCACCGGGAUCCUGUUAUCCUCCUCAGCCGACUGUGAGGGUCAGGUGUUCAUCAAAGUAUCGCGACACUUAAACUGGAUCUCCAACAGGCUAAAAGCAGCAGAGGACCACAUGGGCAGUCACUACAGCCAGUUCCAUGUAGACCUGUCCGACUUAUGACCUUAAAAUACAGUCCUGGAUCUUUACAUCAAAACCAACCCACUCCGUUUUAUCUUUUGAUAUAUUGAUAAAGCAUUCCCAGUGGCCUUCUAAUGACAAUUAUUCAUUUUCUUGGACAUAGUCUCUGCAGGGCGGUAAGAAAUUCACCUCUGAAAUGUGGGCGGGACUAUUGACGUUGAGCAACCCCGCCCCCCUUCCCCUCUCCAUUGAUGAAAGCUCUUUUUUGCACCAUGUCGUGCUAGCUUACAGCCCCCUCAUACCCUCAAGCUAACAUUAGCAGUGCAACAAAAAUGGCGACCAAUAUCUAUCCAGGCGUACAGUUUUUAGCCAGAUGCUAGCUUGGAUGAGGAAGCUUGUGGCUCG